UUAAAAUAAAAAAGUGGGAGAAGAGUUAGGUUAGGUUACAAGGGCACAAGAAAAUCGCGUGACUGCAGUCUGUCAUAAUAAAUACACUGUUUAACAACAAUAAAAAAAUUGAAAUAAUUUACAAAAAAUAAAAGUUGAAUAUUAUAAAAUGGCACGUCCCUGGAGUUCUGAUUUAAUUGGUGUUUUAAAAGGUGCACAAAUUGUUGCAAAUACAUUGUUAAAACAACAAAGUGAUUGUGCCAAAAAAAUAUUGGAUAAUUCAAGUGUUAAAUCAGCAGCAGCAGCUAAUUUAACAGAAACCUUGGAAAAAUUACGUGAAAUUGAUCCAAGUAAGAUACCAGAAAAAAUUUAUUUAGAAACAAAAGAAAUAAUUGACAGAAUUUAUGUUGUUGAAAGAGGAAUAUUGGAGUAUACUAAACACCAGACAUCAGAAUUAAUUGAUCUUGAUAUUAUUAAAUCAAAUAUAAACAAUCAAGAAAAUAAAAUAACUCCAAAAUUAGAAAUUUAUAAUCCAGCAAAAGAUCCACGUGAAAUUAAACCAACAAAAUUUGUUGACACUGUUAAAACAACAGCUGAUAAUUUAAUUGAUAAUGAUAAAUUACUAAACAAUAAAAAUAUCAUUGAUGUGCCUGAAAAUUAUAGUACAGUUAAAGAAAAAAUAGAAACAAUUGGAAAAUUAGAAAAAACAAUUCCAAAAAUUCAAUUAACAAAAAAAGAUAAAGAAGUUUUAAGAAAAUUAGAAUUAGAACAUGAAAAAAAAUUGGAAAAUAAUAUUAAAAAUAAAUCACCAGGUUUAUCAAGUGUUGAAACAACUGGUGUAAAUAAUGAUGAUGAUAAAAAAAUUAAUAUAAAACCAAAAAUUAAACCAACAAUAAAACCAAAACAAACACUUUUAGAAAAUGCAAGAGAAAGAAAAGUACCAAGUACAAGAAUUGAACGUUUAUUUGAAUUUGGAAAACUUGGUGUUAAACUUGGUGGUGGAACAGCAGCUGAAUAUGGUCGUAGAUUUUUGGGUAUUAAAAAUAAAAAUAACGAAAGUUUAGACAGUCUUUUUUUAACUCCAAAAAAUGCUGAAAGAAUUGUAUCAACAUUAUGCACAGUAAGAGGUGCUGCUUUAAAAAUUGGUCAAAUUUUAAGUAUCCAAGAUAAUUCUGUGAUAAGUCCAGAAUUACAACGAGCAUUUGAACGUGUUCGUCAGAGUGCUGACUUCAUGCCAACAUGGCAAGUAUCGAAAGUUUUGGAUAAAGAAUUGGGACCAGAUUGGAGAAAUAAAGUUGUAACAUUUGAAGAAAAACCUUUUGCUGCUGCAUCAAUAGGUCAAGUACAUUUGGCAACACUUGCUGAUGGUCAAUCAGUUGCAAUGAAAAUUCAGUAUCCAGGUGUUGCUGAAGGUAUUCAAAGUGACAUUGACAAUUUAAUUGGAACACUAAAACUAUGGAAUGUAUUUCCCAAAGGAAUGUUCAUUGAUAAUGUUGUAGAAGUUGCUAAACGUGAACUAGCUUGGGAAGUUGAUUACAUAAGAGAAGCUGAAUGUUCUCGUAAAUUUAAAAAUUUUCUUGAACCAUAUCCUGAUUAUUACGUUCCCAAUGUUAUUGAACAAUUAUGUGGAAAAAAAGUAUUUACAACUGAACUUAUUGAUGGUGUACCUGUUGAUAAAUGUGCUGAUAUGGAUAUUGAAACACGUGAACAUAUUUGUAAAUUAAUUAUGAGAUUAUGUUUAAAUGAAUUAUUUGUAUUUCGUUAUAUGCAAACAGAUCCAAAUUGGUCAAAUUUUUUCUACAAUAAUGAAACUAAAAAAAUGAUAUUACUUGAUUUUGGUGCAUGUAGAGAGUAUGAUAAAUUAUUUAUGGAUAAUUAUAUUGAAAUAAUAAAUGGUGCAAGUCAAAAUGAUCGUAAUAAGGUACUUGAAUUAUCACGUAAAAUGAAAUUUUUAACUGGAUAUGAAACAAAAACAAUGGAAAAUUCUCAUGUUGAUGCUGUUAUGAUGUUGGGACAAGUAUUUAAUGAAAAUACUGAAAAAUUUAAUUUUGGACAACAACAAAUAACACGUGGUAUUGCUAAAAUGGUACCAACAAUUAUCAAUGAAAGAUUAUGUCCACCACCAGAAGAAAUUUAUAGUUUACACAGAAAAUUAUCUGGUGUAUUUUUAUUAUGUGCUAAACUUAAUGUACAAAUUAAUUGUCGUGAUAUGUUUAGAGAUGUUUAUAAUAAUUAUAAAUUUGGAUAAAAAAAAUAUACAAAUUAUAUUUUUAAAUUUAUUCAUAAUGAGUGUAAUAUUUUAAUUGACAAAAUUUAUUUUAAUUAAAAUGUUGAAAUGUAAUUUUAAAUUGUGGUUAUUAUUUUUAAUGUUUAAUUAAUCCUGGAUUAUACUUAUCAGUUUAUAAUUGAUACUGAAUUAAUGUUUUGAGAUUUAUUUGUUUAUUUUUGGUGAACCAGAAGCUGUUUGGGAUGUCAUGACUUCAUCCUUCAAUUAAUAAUUAUUUUUCUAAAUAAAAAAUUGUUCAAGCCAGUUAAUGAUUGCCUUAAUAUAUAAACUAAAUUUAUAAAAAAAUAUACUGGAUAUUUCACAUGGAUUUUUAUAAAUUUAUUUGUCUAUUAAAUAUUAAAUAAUUAAAUAAGAAUUACAACAUUUCAUUGAUUAAAUUUUCAAAGCUAACAAUUAAUAUAAAAAACAAAAUCAUCAAUUGUUAAUUCAUCUUGUUUACUACUUUUUAAUUAUGGCUUGUAAAUAACCAGUCAAAUAAAAAUAUUAAAA